AUGGCCCUCAACGUCCCGGGACUGGUGGUUACUCUCCUCUUCUACCUGCUGGUGCUUGGAAUCGGCAUCUGGGCUUCGAUCAAAUCCAAGAGAGAUGAAGACAGGACGCAGGCGGAACAUUCAGACAUGGCUCUCCUGGGCAACCGUAGGAUCAGCUUGGCGGUGGGCAUCUUCACCACAACUGCUACCUGGGUCGGAGGGAGCUUCAUCAUCGGCACAGCAGAGGCCGUGUACAAUCCAAAUUUGGGACUACUCUGGGCUGUCAUGCCGUUAGCAGCAACAGUGGCCUUCAUUGUUGGCGGCCUGUUCUUUGCCGAGCCAAUGAGAGAGAGGAGGUACGUGACCAUGCUGGACCCCUUUCAGAUCAAGUAUGGAAACGUGCUCAGUGGCCUUCUGUCUGUGGCUCCGCUCAUGUCAGAAAUCAUCUGGGUGACGUCAACACUGAUAAGCCUGGGUGUUACCAUGAGUGUGAUCCUGGAUUUGUCCUACACUGUAAGCAUCUGGAUCUCUGCUGCAGUGGCCAUUACCUACACACUGCUGGGAGGUCUCUACUCUGUGGCCUACACAGACAUCAUACAGCUCAUUCUCAUUUUUGUCAGCUUGUGGCUGUGUGUCCCGUUCCUCUUUCUGAGCCCUGCCUCCUCAGACAUCACCGAGACGUCUUUCAACAACACCUUCCAGGCCCCCUGGGUCGGUACGCUCACCUCAGACACAGCCUGGAUCUGGAUUGAUAAUUUUUUACUGCUGAGUAUAGGAGACCUUGGCUUUCAGGACUUCCACCAGCGGACCUUAUCAGCUUCUUCCUCAGCCACAGCCAAGAUGCGAUGCUAUGCUGCUGCUUUCCUCAUCCCUACAUUUGGAAUACCUCCUGUGCUGGUUGGGGCGGUGGCUGCAUCAACAGACUGGAACUUGACCUCAUAUGGUUCUCCAUCUCCAUUUGAGCGAGGUCAGACGGGUCUGAUCUUACCCAUCGCCUUGCACUAUCUAACCCCGCCUGUCAUCUCCGUUGUCGGCAUCGGCGCCGUGGCUGCUGCUGUGAUGUCAUCGACUGACUCUGCCUUGCUGUCUGCAGCCUCCAUCUUCACCACCAACAUCUAUAAGAAGAUCCUCAGGCCGCAGGCUUCAGAGAGAGAGAUCUCAUGGGUAAUCCGUGCUGCUGUGGUGUUGGUGGGCCUGGCCGGUACAUCGCUCACCUUCCUGCACACUGGCGUCAUGGCGUUCUGGAUUCUUGGGGGAGAAAUUGCCUACAUUUUGAUGUUUCCUCAACUGGUCUGCGUCCUCUUCUUCAGCAUCUCCAAUGGGUAUGGGGCUGCUGUCGGCUUUCUGGUGGGGCUGUUUUUGAGACUGUUAUGUGGAGAGCCGUUGCUUGGACUACCACCAGUCCUCCACUUCCCAGGUAUCACUUUUGAGGAUGGUGUUUAUAUUCAGCAUUCCCCAGUCAAGACCAUCUGCAUGCUGCUUUCCUUUGGCACCAUACUGAUGGUCUCCAGCCUUGCUUCUCUGCUUUUUAACAAAGGCUGGUUCCCUGAGAACUGGGACGUGUUCAAAGUGAAAGCACAUCGCUCACUUCAUGCAUUAACAUCGAUAGAUGGCACCAACACAGACCAUGUAAAUGGAAUGAAUGGUGUCUCGCAGCCAAUUUUAAAUUCAGGGUGUUAGUUCUGAAACACAUCAACUGGGAAGGCAAAUCUCAAAAGCAUCAAAAUGAACUAAAUCCACAGUUUAUAAGGUGUUGACUUCUGUUGGUGGAUUG